AGAACAGAGCAAAGAAAAGAAGCUAGUGAAGAAGAAGAAGUUGUCGUGAAAGAGGUCAACGACAAGAACAAGUCAACAAGGAAGAAGAAGUUGGGCUUGUUGUUUUGUAAUAAUAAAAGGGAUUGGGCUAAUUAUUUAGUUAGGCCCAAACAUGUGUUAGUGUUGUUGUUAGCUUGUCCAACUAAUAGUUGUUGGAGUUUGCUUAUGGCUUUAGCUAAAGUAGAGUGGAGUUGUUGUUGUGUAAGGUGUAGUCGUUCCUUGCUUGUAAGUUUGGUUCUAGUCUUAGGGUAAUGAUGCAUAGAAGUAUGGUCUCGAAUCUAAGUGAGUGUAGUGUAGCAAGUGGAGAAAGAACCACUAUAUGUAUGUGUGUGUGUCUUGUAAGAAAAGUAUCCUUGUGAUCCAUUAAUACAAUGUAGACAAUUAAAGAGUAAUGGUUUUUGUUCUUUCUCUCUAAAGACAAUGAAACCGUAAAUGAGUGUGAGAAAUAGAGAGAAUGUGAGAAUGUCAACAAGCACAGAGUCUUUGGUUCUGAUUUUGAGAGAAUGAAGACACUCAAGAGUUCCUUUUUACUAAUCUUUUGUUCUUUCCUUAUAAGCUUGGAUGCUGUUUCUGCACAAGUCUGCUUCAAUGGAUUCUUUAAACCCAAUAGUACAUAUGAUUUAAACCGUCGUCUAAUCCUUUCUUCUCUUGCUUCUAAUGUCACAACUCACAACGGCUUUUUCAACUCCUCGAUUGGUCAAGAUUCCAGUAGGGUCUUCAUCAAUGGUAUGUGCAUCCCUGGGACUAAACCAGAGACUUGCUCAGAUUGCAUCAAAGGCGCAUCAGACGGCUUGGACAGAAAAAAUACUCGUUUACGAGUUUGUACCUAACAAAAGCCUUGAUUAUUUCCUGUUCGACCCUGCAAAGCGAGGCGAACUGAACUGGACAAGACGGUACCACAUUAUUGCAGGGAUUGCUCGAGGAAUUAUGUAUCUUCAUCAUGAUUCACGUCUUACAAUCAUACACCGUGAUCUGAAAGCAAGUAACAUUCUUUUAGAUGCCGACAUGAACCCCAAAAUCGCAGAUUUUGGCAUGGCGAGGAUAUACAGAAUUGAUCAAACUCAUGCCAACACAAAUAGAAUCGUUGGAACAUAUGGUUAUAUGUCUCCAGAAUAUGCAAUGCGUGGCCAUUUCUCCAUGAAAUCUGAUGUCUAUAGCUUUGGUGUAAUGAUUCUAGAGAUUAUAAGUGGCAAAAUGAAUAGCAGCUUCUACGACAUUGAUGAUUCUCCUAGCAAUUUGGUCACACAUGCUUGGAAGCUUUGGAGAACAGGGUCACAAUUAGAACUCGUGGAUCCGACAAUAGGUGAGAGUUCCCCGAGUAACGAGGCUAUUAUUAGAUGCAUCCAUAUCGCACUUUUAUGUGUUCAAGAAGAUCCUGCAGAUCGACCAAUGUUGCCAGCAAUCGUCGUGAUGCUCACUAGUAAUACAGACACUUUACCUGUGCCUCGAGCACCCGGCUUUUGCCUCUCAAGCAUAAGUGAACAAUCCACAAUUCCUUGUUCUAACAAUGAUGUAUCGAUCACAGAUCUAGAUCCUCGCUGAAGAGUGGUUCUUUUUUCUUGAUAUUGGAACUGUAUUGAAUAUAUGGAAGUAUCAACAUCAUCUCUUCUUCU